AGGCCCUAGCCCCGCCCCCUGCGCUCGGCCGGAGGAAGAUGGCGGCGGCGCUGGCGGGCGGCUCCCUGGGCCGGGUCCCCGCGCGGCUCCCCCCGGCCCGCGGCCGGUUCCGGGGCUGCCUGGCCGGGGCGCUGCUCGGGGACUGCCUGGGCGCCGCCUUCGAGGGCAGGGACGUGGUGGGGCUGCCCGAGCUGCUGCGCUACCUCCGCGGCCUGGAGCCGCCGGGCCGGGCUGGGGGCAGCGCCCAGGAGGCGGAGAGCAGAGAAACGCUCUGCUACACAGAUGACACAGCCAUGGCCAGGUGUGUGGUGCGGUCCCUGUUAGCCAAGGGAGAGUUUGAUGAAGUUGACAUGGCCAGGAGAUUUGCUGAGGAGCAUAAGAAGGAGCCGGAUCGGGGCUAUGGGAUGGCAGUCGUCAAAGUGUUCAAGAAACUUCUGAGCCCCAAGUGCAGUGAUGUGUUUGAGCCAGCCCGAGUGCAGUUUAAUGGGAAAGGCUCCUACGGGAACGGUGGUGCUAUGAGGGUAGCAGGCAUUUCGCUGAUUUACCCAGAUGUUCAGGAUGUGAAGAAGUUUGCGAAGCUCAGCGCUGAGUUGACCCAUGCCAACUCACUUGGCUAUAACGGAGCCAUCCUGCAGGCUCUGGCAGUGCACUUGGCCUUGCAGGGAGAGCUCAGCCGGGAGAGCUUCCUGGAGCAGCUGAUCGGCCACAUGGAGGAUGUGGAGGCAGAUGAUAAAUCUUUGGCUGAUGCACGAGCGUCAUUUCGCAUGGAAUCAGAACAUGGAGAUACAGCUGAGCCCAUGAAGGAGGGGGCAGGAAAAAAAAAACCUCACCAAAAGAAAAAGCCAGAUGUGAGUUGCCAGCUUGCAGGCAGCCAAGAAAGCAGACAGGAAAACCAAACCGGGGACAUUAGCACAGAGAAAAUUGGGACACUACAGCCCCAACGGUAUCCAAUUUCAAGAGACCGUGUCUUACCACAGACGCAUGUCUUGGAGAGUCUGCUUUUCACAGCAAUAGCAAAGGGUUAUGCGCUCCCCUCUGUGUAUGAGCAAAACUACCAUGAAUGCUAAUGGAAACAGCCACCUGGAUUGUCUGGGAGGGAAAACAAUAGACAGAGCCUCCGCAGAAGGUCUCACCUCAGGUCCAGAAGGAAGAUUUCAACCUAAUUCCAGAACAAAAGAAUUUUCAGCUCAGUGGUCCACCUAGCUUGGUCUCUGACAGUGGCCAGCAUCAGCUGCUUCAGAGGAAGGUGCAAGAAAUUUCAUAAUGGCCUGUGAUGGAAUAAUGUGCCAGUGAAAAGAAGUUUCUUCCUCACCUCAAGCAGCCAGUGGUUGGUCUAUGCCCUGAACCAUGAGGGUUGAUACAUCCCUGAUGAAUUGUCAUCCUAGUUACUAUACCUGUGGGAGGUUUUGUUAAUCAUAACAAUGACUAAUCCUUUUUUUUCCCAUGUUGCUGAGCUGUUGGCCUCAGUAAUGCCGUGUGACAGCGAAUUUCACAGACUAAUUAUAUACAUGGUAGAUUGGGCCAAUGGUUAUCUAGUCCACCAUCCCAUCUGCAGCUGUGGUCAGCACCUGAUAAGGUGUGGGGGGGAAAAACACCUUUAAUGCUCACUGCCUCUCCUCUCCAGUGGAAAUACAGUUAACUCUUAUGGCCAAACAAUGGCUGUUGUUUCUGGAGACCUUUUACAAGACAGCAACUAUCUUCCCACCUUGAACACACCAUCACCAUGUUCUCUCUGAACUCACUCUUCUCUGUCUUCACGCCGUGGAACGACUCAACCCUUCCUCAUUCUGUGAGGGCAGCCCAAAGAGUUUACCCUACGAAGCAGCUCCUUUCCCUUGUCCUACCAGCCCCCCCCAUAGGGCAGUUUACAACAAAGACACUCAGCUUCAGUUGGGGUUGCCAGGGAAUAUGAACAGGAAAUCACGCAACAAAUUCCAGUGGCCACCAGAGAGGUUGGCAACAUUACAUUCUAAAUCGAUAGCACCCAUCCAAACAUUCGGUGUGUUGAGUAACCCAGAAAAUGCGGAUCAGAGAAGAUUCCAAGACAUAUCAAACCGGCUUCUUACAUUUAGAUCACCUCGUCUUCAAAAUCCUUAAUGAGCUCUACCAUGUGUCAUGCAUUAGGACUUUGGUCUUGUACAUGUGGUGGUCUAAGACCUUCUCUUGGGCAUGUGGCUUGUGGAGACUGUUCUUGGCAGUUUAUUGUGGAGAUUUUCUUGCUUGGCCAGGUUUUUUUUUUUUUUUGUCUA